AUGGCUUCUCGAGCUUCGCUGGGCUCAAGAGCCUUGCAAGCUACCCGCCGUCAGGUUUCAGUUGCCUCGUUCCAGCGCAGAGGCUUGGCCGCAGCAGCUUCCGGCAGUUUUCAAUAUGAGACUGGGGAUUCUUCUGGCAUCAAAUAUGCCAGCAGAGAUUUGCCUGGACCUACGACGACCUUGACUGUGGUCGCCAAAGCCGGCACAAGAUAUCAGCCCCUUCCCGGGCUCUCAGAUGUGCUUGAGAAAUUCGCUUUCAAGUCAACCACCAAGCGAUCGAGUCUGCGCAUUACCCGCGAAUCCGAGCUACUGGGUGGCGAUCUGUCUGCCUACCAUUCCCGCGAGAACCUCGUCCUUCGAGCCAAAUUCCUCCGCGAAGACCUGCCAUAUUUCACAGAGUUGUUGGGAGAAAUAAUAAGCAAGACACGGUACACAACACACGAGCUCGAUGAGGAGGUGGUCCGUGUUCUCAAACUUGAGCAGAAGGGCCUUCUCGCUAGCCCGUCGUCACUUGCGCUUAACUCUGUGCACGCCAUUGCCUUUCACCGCGGGCUGGGCGAGCCAUUGCAUCCAACCUCUUCGACGCCAAUCUCAAAAUACCUUGACACCAGAACGAUCGCCGAGUUCAGCCGCGCUGCCUAUGCCCGGUCCAAUAUCGCCGUGGUCGCCAACGGUGCAAGCCACUCGGAGUUAUCCAAGUGGGUGGGCGAAUUCUUCACCGACGCUGGAAAUGGCUCCCAGGUGUUCGACCUCUCGAGUCCCUCUUCGCAAUAUUAUGGUGGCGAGGAAAGAAUUGCACACAACUCAGGAAACGUGAUGGUUCUUGGUUUCCCGGGUUCAAGCUCGUUCACAGCUGGAUCGUCGUUCAAGCCGGAAAUCUCGGUCCUUGCGGCGCUCCUUGGAGGAGAGUCGAGCAUCAAGUGGUCUCCAGGCUUCUCUUUGCUGUCUCGAGCUGCCAAGGAUUUCCCACAGGCUCACGUAUCUACUCAGCACGCCGCCUAUUCAGAUGCAGGGCUUCUGUAUGUCACCAUAUCUGGAGACGCGUCUCACGUCGCGAAAGCCUGCAGCAACGUAGUAGAGGCGCUGAAGAAGGUCGCCGCGGGCGACGUUGCAGAGGAGGACAUCAAAAAAGCGACAGCAUUGGCGAAAUUCAAGGCCCUCGAAGCCGGUCAACAGACUGAUGCUGGCCUCGAAGCUACCGGGUCUGGCCUGAUCACGCAAGGUAAAGCGUUCCAGAUUGAUGAGAUCGGUGCUGCAAUCGACAAGGUUACUGGGGAGAAGGUGAAAGCGGCGGCCAAACAACUACUCGAUUCGAAGGCGUCUGUGUCAGCAGUUGGAGACUUAUUCAUCCUGCCAUAUGCCUCCGAGAUAGGUCUGACUGUUUAA